CAGAGUCCGGCAAAGUGUGGAACUAAAGAAGACUGGGACGAAGAGGAAGUACUUUUUAAAAUGGAAAUACAGUAAAUCAUACUUGAACUUUUCAUAGCGGAACAACAGGACGCGUUCACUUGGACGAGGUUAUGGAGGCCAUACAGUAGCUCUGAGUCCCACGUCCUCAGUCUGCUGUUAUACCUUAUUCCACUCCGUCUGCCCAUUUCAGGCUUCCAUGCCCGCCCAACCCCCUGUGAAGGAGCCGGAGGAGGAGAUGGAGGCAGAGGGUGAGUCGCAGCUCCCCGAGGCCAACGGAGAGGUGGAAGAACCCACAGAGACUGAAGGAACAAGAGGGGGAGGAGCCGAGGAGACCAUGGAGGAAAGUAUGGAGGAGAGGGAGACCGACUUGGAAGAUAGUGAUGAGGAGGAAGAGGAAGAAGAGAGCUCAGAGAUGGAUGAUGAAGACUGCGAGAGGAGAAGAGGAGAAUGUCUGGAUGAGAUGAUGGAUCUGGAGAAACAAUUCCAGGAGCUGAAAGAGAAGUUGUUUCGGGAACGGCUAAACCAGGUGAAAGUCAAGCUGGACGAGGUGCUGACAGGAAAGGCCGGUGAAUACAGAGAACCACUGGCUGCACUACAGAACAGCAUGCAGAUACGGACACAAGUGGCUGGAGUGUACAGGGAGCUGUGUCUGCAGGUCAUCAAACACAAGCAUGAAUGUGAAGUUCAAGGAGCGAGGCAGCACCUGGAGAGUGAGCGAACGCUGCUGUUUGACGCCAUGAAGGGCGAGCUACUGGAAAAGAUAAGGAGGCUGGAGGAGGACAGGCAGAAUAUAGACCUCACCUCAGAGUGGAGCGAUGAGCUGAGGGGCAAGAAGUGCAAAAGAAAGAACCUGCUGGGUCGAUCUGAGAAGAAAAAGAAAGUAGCUUUGGUUUCAGGGCCUUUCAUCGUCUACAUGCUGAGAGACAUUGACAUCCUUGAAGACUGGACUGCUAUCAAGAAGGCAAAAGCAGCUCUGUCGCCACUAAAAAAGAAAGUUGAAAAGCGGUGAUGAAAGGUGGAUCUCUGCAGCAGCGACACCAAACUUAACACACACUCACAUUCCCAGCUAUUUCCAGUUCAGGUUUUGUCUCGUUGACUGAAGCCCAGCAGACUGAGUUGUUUUUCUGCGCUUUUGAUCCCACCUGCCUACCACCCUACUGCUUGUUUGUUAUCUAUUGCUAUUUAAAAGAAGUUCUUAACGAUAUGACAACCAUGUAUUUAUAGAAUGAUUUAUAAUGCUGAUUGAAAAUCUAAUCUUUUAGCACACAA